CCGCGUCAAGCUCCGCCACCCUCUGCUGUCUGAGGUCUCCCUCGUUGCUCCCUCUUAUACAAUCUCUGAGCUUCCUCCUCCAUUCUGGCUUUUCUCAUCGUGACCUAAUUGCACAUGCCAUCGCUCGCCCUCAAUUUGCCUCAGCCAUGGCGCUCGCCACUGCUGUGCGCUGCCUCCCACCAUUCCAACCGUCGUCGUUGUCCCUCUCUCGCUCCUUCCUUCUUCGCCCCUUGCCCCAAUUCGCCGUCUUCAAAUCCGCCCAGAAUCGCAUCCGAUGUGUCAAUUCUGGGCAUGUGUUAGAGGAGUCAGCGUUUGGGUUCCGGCAUGGGCCGAUGCGGGUUACAUUUCGGCUGCUUGAGGAUGAGAGUAAGCGAUCGUUGUCGACGUGGGGAAUUCGUGACGCAGGAGGUAAUUUGAAGAACGGGGUUCAGUGCAGGGCUGUUCCCUCGUCGCCUCCGCCGCCGAAGGAGGCUGCUGUGGAAGUGCCUGUGAUUGUUGACGAUGAUUUGGAUGAAGCUGAUUCCUCUCUGCUGGCAGUGGUGGAGCAGUUGAAAUUGGAUGCACCUCUGGCCGUGAAGCUUGCCAUUGAAGGGUUCGAGGAUUUUGACCAAUCUGAUACGGUGGAGCUCUCUGUGCUGCUGUGCAGCGACUCCCGCAUUCGGGAGCUCAACAAGGAGUGGCGAAGGAAGGAUAGUCCCACGGAUGUUCUGUCUUUCUCUCAAGACCAGCCUGCAGGUAGUCCUCUGACGCUCUUGGGAGAUUUAGUUAUAUCUGUAGAGACUGCUGCAAGGCAAGCAGAGGAGAGAGGUCACACGCUCAUCGACGAGCUGCGGAUUCUUUUUGUACAUGGCUUGUUGCACGUGCUUGAUUAUGAUCAUGAAUUGGGACCAGAAGCCUCUAAGGAAAUGGAGGAGGAAGAGAAUCGCAUUCUCAGCGCUCUUGGAUGGAAGGUGAAAGGCCUCAUUUAUUCAAGCUCUGUUGCUUGUGACACUAAUGGAAAAACUACGAAGGGCUUGGGUUUAGCAGAGCUUGAUUCUGAUCGUGACAGUGCGGUGAUUUCGAAAACAAAAUUCAAGGUUUUGUUCUGCGACAUGGAUGGGACACUUCUCAACACUAAGAGCAAAAUUACUCAAAAGACUGCAGAUGCACUUCGAGCAGCCAUGGAUGCAGGGGUGACGGCAAUUAUUGCUACAGGGAAAACAAGACCGGCAGCAAUGGCAGCGCUAAGACCAGUUGGGCUGGCGGGGGCAGGUGGCUUGCUUUCUGAAUCCACACCUGGAGUGUUUCUACAAGGUUUACAAGUGUUCGGAAGGAAAGGGGAAAUUAUACAGAAUAUUACACUCGAUCUUGGAGUCGUUGCGGAGACGUUCAAGUUCUCGGUUGAGCAUCAAGUUCCUCUGGUUGGUUUUACUGGGGAUCGUUGUGUGACCUUAUUUUCUCAUCCCUUGAUUGACGAGCUUCAUGACAUUUAUUAUGAGCCGAAGGCCGAAGUGCUGGAGAGUGUAGAUGAGUUGAAGAAAGUGGGUAUUCAGAAGGUUAUUUUUCUCGACACUGCAGAGAAGGUGGCUAGUUUUUUGAGACCACAUUGGUCUUUGGCAUUGAAAGGACGAGCCACUGUGGUGCAAGCUCUUCCUGAGAUGAUGGAAAUACUUCCCUCUGGAGUCUCGAAAGGUUUGGGUGUACAGAUUCUUUUGGAUCAUCUUGAUGUGCCAGUUGAAGAGGUAAUGGCAAUCGGUGAUGGUGAAAAUGACAUUGAGAUGCUGGAGUUGGCUGGAUGGGGUGUCUCGAUGGCAAAUGGCGCUGCUCGCACCUUGGCCAUUGCGAACGCAGUCACUAGCAGCAACGACGAAGACGGCGUUGCAAGAGCAAUUGAAGAUUACAUUCUUUGAGGAACAUUGUUUGAAGAGCUUGAAAUCAGGAACUGACAAGCUGAUCCUGGUGCCUUCCGGUCAUGUUUCCUCUUGUUUCAGAUUGUUCUGUGUAGUAUAGGAAACCAAAUUAUGAAUACGACUCUUGAAUGGGUAUGAAUUAGUAUCCCCACUGUCGUGCAGUAUUUGGCGGCACCUACCACAAUUGCAGCUCAGUGUUGUAAAACAUUUUCAAGACUUCGAGCUGAAGAUAUACAUUGGACUUAUAGAAACUAGCAAUCCAUUCCACAUCAUUCUUAAGAGUCGGGUCAUGAUAAAGGAGAAGAGGAAGAAUUCAUAGGAGGGAGAGAUUUUUAGAGUGACAGUAGAGGUCAUUGAAGGUGCUACAUGGGUUGGUUCUGGAGACUUCAUUUUUACACUAAAUUGGACAUGUGUACACUCAUUGGUAAUUCUCUUUGGUAAGCUGGAAGUAUAAAGGAAUCAUUCAUGGUUAUCAAUA